AUGGCCGCCUUUGCCCCCGGCUCAGGCUCCGCCUCCGCUCGGGACGCGGAUGCCGGUGCGAGCGCAUUAGAGUUCGGGAGGAAGGAGGCGGAGGCGGACUGCGGCCACAUCUCCGCCUCGCAGGCGGACCUCCUCGCCCUCGCCCACUUCCUUGGCGGCGGCGGCGGCGCCGUUGAGGAGGAGGAGGCCGAGGUGUUCAGCACGCCGCCUCUCACACAGCAGGACCCGCAGAGGCAGGGCCAAAGCCAGCGAGGCCAGGCGGGAGAGGGGGAGGACGGCAUCACCAUGUGCUCCGUGCCCUUCACCCAGACCCAGCCUUCCCCUUCUCCCUCUUCCUCCCCUCCCUCGGAUAGUCGGGAGCGGAAGCCGCUGAAGCCUAGGAUCUGCACGAGGAAGGUGAGAGGCGGCGCGACUCCGACUCCGACUCCGACGCCGACGCCGAGCCCCAGCCCUAGCCCCGAACUCGACCCUCUCGUCAGGAUCGUGCUCAUGAUCCCCAUCGCUCCUCUUCCAACCACCGGUCAUGAGGACAUCCUCGAGCUUGCUCGCAGCCGCGGCAUCUUCUGA